AUGACAGCCCUCACUGUAUUUUCCAGAUGGUAUCUGUAUGCCAUACAUGGUUACUUCUGUGAGGUCAUGUUUACAGCUGGAUGGGAAUUCAUUGAGAGUGCAAACUGGAAAUUUCUGGGCGUUACCAGCGUGUGGUCCCUUUUUAUCUACGGCACUUCAAUCCUCGUUGUGGAAAAAAUGUACCUUCACCUUCGGACGAGGUGUAACAUUCUAAUAAGGUGCUUAAUCUAUACACUCUGGACGUAUGCCUGGGAGUUUGUGACUGGUUUUAUUCUCCAACAGUUUAAUGCCUGCCCAUGGGAUUAUUCCUCUUUCCGGGGGAACUUUAUGGGUCUAAUUACUCUUGAGUAUUCAGUGCUGUGGUUCCUUGCUUCAGUAGUUGCAGAGCAGAUGGUGAUAAAGAACACUUUGCGAUUACGUUUUGAUGGACAAGGAGGAGCAGAUUCCAUUAGAAAGGUUUCAAAGAACAUGUGA